CGGCAGUAAAAAUCGGAAAAAGCUUUGUGAUACAUAUAAAUACUUUGAUCCGCUGCGGAUGGUUCGAUCACCGCCAUGGCCUCCUCUCUCAACUAUCAUCUGACCAAUCUCUCUCUUUCCUCUGACCCAGGUGGGGAAACACUACCUAUUCACAUUGUUACUCAUGCAAGCCAACUUCCACCUGAAUUUUUGCACCCAUCUCCUGAUAAAAAGCUGGUGAUCGGGUUUGACUGUGAGGGCGUUGACCUUUGUCGCAAUGGAACUUUGUGUAUCAUGCAGUUAGCGUUUCCAGAUGCUAUAUAUUUGGUUGAUGCAAUUGAGGGUGGAAAAACACUUGUGGAAGCCUGUAAGCCUGCACUUGAAUCUAGUUACAUCACUAAAGUAAUUCAUGAUUGCAAACGAGAUAGUGAGGCAUUGUAUUUUCAGUUCAACAUCAAGUUGCACAACGUGUUUGAUACACAGAUUGCUUACAGUUUGAUUGAGGAGCAAGGAGCAGCGAGGAAAGUUCCAGAUGACUACAUAUCAUUUGUUGGUCUACUUGCUGAUCCACGUUACUGCGGUAUCCCUUAUCUUGAGAAGGAGGAAGUGCGGGUUCUUCUCAGGCAGGACCCAAACUUCUGGAACUAUAGACCAUUAUCUGAACUAAUGGUGCGUGCAGCUACAGACGAUGUCCGGUUUCUUUUGUAUAUAUAUAACAAAAUGGUGGUGAAGCUGAACCAAAAAUCCUCGUGGUAUCUUGCUGUUCGUGGUGCACUCUAUUGUCGUUGUUUCUGCAUUACUGAUAACAAUUAUGCAGAUUGGCCACCUCUCCCUCCAAUGCCAGAUAACAUUGUGACGGAUAAUAACUCUCCAGAGGAAGAAAUCCUGUCAGUUGUUGAUGUUCCACCAGGCAAGAUGGGACGUGUUAUUGGAAGAAAAGGAGCUUCCAUUUUGGCUAUUAAGGAAUCUUGCGAUGCUGAAAUAUUCAUGGGAGGUGCCAAGGGACCACCAGACAAGGUUUUUGUAAUCGGACCCGUGAAGCAAGUUAGGAAAGCUGAAGCCAUAUUAAGGGGAAGGAUGAUGGAUGGCUGUUACUGAAAUGCACAUGUUUUGUAUUACUUACCAUUUCUAUGACAUACUGUGUAAUAAGCCGGCUACCUAAGUUUUUUAAUCGGGAAUGUGGGAUGUUUGCCAGAUAUUGUUCGGGUUCCUUGCAUGUUGGAUUGCUAUGAAAAUAGUUCUGUGCAUCAACACAUAGAUUGCUUGUAUUGUGAUUUGUUCGUAGCCCAAACAUAUUAUUCUCUUUAAUCAAUCUAAAGCUUUAUAGGUUGGGGUGGAUUGAAA